UAAUUUCAUUUUCCACAUAAACAAUGAAAAUAACCAAACUGGUGAGAACUUUUUUGUCACAAAACCAAUGGUUCAAGAAUUGCAGAAACUUGAGGUCAGGGGCUGUGAAGGAGAGUGUGGAUUGUGUGGUUAUAGGUGCUGGUGUUGUGGGAAUAGCCGUAGCCAGAGAACUGUCUUUGAAUUAUGGAAGAAAUGUGUUGGUGAUCGAGUCGGAUUCGAGUUUCGGUACCGGUAGCAGUUCUCGGAAUAGUCAAGUCAUUCAUGGUGGCAUCUAUUACCCUCCUGCUUCUCUCAAGGGUCGUUUUUGCGUUAGAGGAAGAAGAUUACUGUAUGAAUACUGUAAACAACACGGGAUUCCUCAUAAGCAGAUCGGAAAGUUGAUUGUAGCUACUCGGCAUGAAGAAGUUCCAAAGUUGAGUUAUCUGCUGAAUCGUGGGAAUGAAAACGGAGUUGAAGGAUUGAGAAUGAUGGAGGCUUCUGAAGCAAUGGCAAUGGAGCCUCACUUGCAGUGCAUUAAAGCUUUAUGGUCACCUACUUCUGGGAUAAUCGAUUCGCAUUCCUUAAUGCUCUCACUAUUGGGUGAAGCCGAAAGUCACGGAACAACGUUUUGUUACAACAAUACAGUGGUGGGUGCUCAUUUCGAAGGAAAUCAAAUAUAUCUUCACGUUUCGGAAACCGAAACUGUAAAAAAAUGUGAUCAUCAUUCUCAACAGCACCCUGAUAUUCUACUUCUCCCUAAGCUUGUAGUGAACUCCGCAGGCUUGAGUGCUGCGGCUGUUGCAAGGUGUUUCCGUGGCAUAAACCCUGGAGUAAUCCCUCCAUAUUAUUAUGCGCGAGGUUGCUAUUUCUCCUUAUUAAGUAGUAAAGUUCCACCGUUUAAACACCUGAUUUAUCCUAUACCCGAGGAUGGCGGUCUUGGGGUGCAUGUUACGCUGGAUCUAGACGGGCAAAUCAAGUUUGGCCCCGAUGUUGAAUGGUUGGAUCCUAUAGAUGAUAUUUCGAGCAUACAGAACAAGUUUGAUUAUACAGUAUGUGCUGAUCGGGCCCAAAAAUUUUAUCCGGAAAUCAGGAAGUACUACCCUUCAUUGAAGGACGAUUCUCUGCAGCCUGGUUAUGCUGGCAUCAGACCGAAGGUUUCGGGCCCAGGAGCGGGCUUUGCUGAUUUUAUCAUUCAGGGAGAGGAGACUCAUGGAAUACCCGGACUCGUAAACCUCUUUGGUAUUGAAUCUCCUGGUUUGACUUCAAGUAUGGCCAUUGCAGAGCAUGUUGCUACCCAGCUUUCGGUUUAAUAUCUCAAUUGCUAACGACACCAAAUUUAUAAAGGCUCUGCCCCAAAAGGAGUCUGGGUCAAUUGCUACUUUUUAUGGUGACUAGCGGCGACGGUGGAGGUGGCUGCGGCAACGAUGGUGGUUGGAGGAUCUAUCACAAUGUGUAUUGAGCAUUUUUGGAAGACCAUCUGAGGACUUGGACCUAGCAUCAACAAGUGCUUUAUUGGUGGCUAAGUCUUCUCUGGUCUUUACCAAUUUGGUAACAAUGUCAUUAAUUUAAAUUUAUUGACAAACAAUUAUUAUCUUUCAAGACAA